CAUUUUAUCGGACUUUGGCGGGAGUUUGGUUGAUAUUGUUGUCGGGACAAGUGUUGAUGUGACGCUGGCUGUUUUACGGAAGUUUUACGCGACUUGAGUUGUAUUCGCAUCGAGUGCGGGACUUUCCAACCUUCCUCCUCAUAUCGACAGAAUGUUGUAGUCAUGAAGUCGGCUCUGUUGUAUCCUUAUUACGACAGUUACGUCGGAAGGGGCUAUUGCCGGAUAUUGAGCCCACGUCACGCCGCUGUCACAGCGGCAAUAUACACAUUAAACAUUUCCAUCCUCGUGGUCUUAUUGUACAGUUGGAGGAUAAGUGUAAAUAUUAAGAAGUAUUCGAGUCUGGAAGACGUGUAUUAUGGUGUCCAAAUCGCUUACUUAGCCAUCAUAGGGACGCAGCUGUUUAUGAUUUUUUUAAGUAUAGUCCUCCUCAUCGGUAUAUACAAGGAGAACAUAUCGUUCGUGAUACCUUGGAUAAUUGGUUUUAUAACUUUCAUGGCACUAGAGGCCGUGGCUAUGGUCUACUCGAACGUACUUAGAGACCACGUGAACAGACAAUUUGACGCCUUGUGCAAAGCUGAAGUGGCGUUUUUCAUCUCAAGGACACUAAUUAAUGUUGCGGCUAUCGGAGGCGUGAUGCGAUUUUGCAAUUUGCUCCGUGCCGGAAUCACCUGGAAGGGCCCGGAAGUGAUCGAGCUAUGAUGCAGGAAUUCGUACACCGACGAAGACGGUCUGGGUUACGGUUACGAUUCCGACAGCGACUGCUCGCUAUUGGUCGGAGUGUCAUCUUCGUCGUCGAAAUCUCUAGGAAGCGACGGUUCAGAGUUCGUCUGACAUAUCCGGUGCGCCAGGGGCUAAUGGAAUACGCAAAUCGAGCCGAAUUUCACAUGAAGAAACCGAGAGUAAUUGAAAUUUAGUUACGAUUUGCGAAUUUCCGCUUCGAAUCGUUGAAUAUUAAAUACCAAAGGACUUUCAGCUAGCGUAAGCAUAGGAGCAUUUUUUAUUGUGCCAAAUAUCUUAGGGUUUUGUUAUGGGGUUGUUGCAGGGUGCUUAUUAUUGUUGCGAAGCACUCGUGUUAUAUUUCUGAAUUUGUUGGCUUGACACUUUUCGCGUUGAUUUUGCGGGUCUGAGCAGUGUUGAGCGUUUCAACUCCACAACUGAGUGAAGUUUUGAUUAAAUAAAAAAUUAUUUGCGUCAUUGUUGCCGUUGCAAAUCGUUUUCCGAAAAUUGAAAUAAAAUACAGGGUGAAUAAAUUAAAUUUAAUCGAGGUAAAAUAUACUUACGUAAUUGUUUUUUUUUAAUUAUUUCUCUUGGUUUUCCUGUUGAUUUCUCAUAAUUAAUAUUAUGUAACGCAAAAGGGUAAUGCUUUUGGGAGUCAGUUGAUUGCGAACGUGAUGGCUGCAAUUUACAUGCUAUGUACUUAAAGCAUUAAGAUGAUUUACCGCUCCACUACCCUACAAACUAGUGACACUUUUACUUUGUUGCAACAGUUGUAACAAACACUUUUAAUUAGAGUGAAAUUAAAUUCUGGAAAAGUGUAAUUACGGAAACUUAAUUUAUUUACCCUUAAGAAACCUGCAAUUUUGUAUAUUUAACUUGUCAUUUAUAAACUGACAAUAAAGCUAAUGAUUUACAUUGUUAACACCAAGUUUAGUUUGUUUGGGCGAACACGAGAACUUUAUAUUUUUAUGUAAAGACAUUGUGGAGUAUUAAAAUAAAACCAUGAUUUAAGGCGAAUUUGUAACAGUUUUGUGUAAAUACAAAAUAAAUAUCUACAAAAACGU